AUGGCCAAGGCGCUCAACGUCGGGGUCGUUGGCUACGGCCUCUCCGCCAAGAUCUUCCACAUUCCCUUCAUCGCAGCGACCCUAACGCUGACGCUGCAUUCCAUCGUCCAGCGCUCACCCAAGGACGGCAACUCAGCUCCUGCAGACCAUCCCAACCUCAAGCACUACACUUCUGCCGACGACCUCCUCGCCGACAAAGAGGUCGACGUCAUUGUCGUGACCACCCCCCCAGACAACCACUUUGAGCUGACCAAGCGUGCGCUGGAGAGCGGCAAGCAUGUCCUCACCGAGAAGCCCUUUGUGCCCACCUCGGCUGAGGCGGACAAGCUCAUCGCCAUCGCCAAGGAGAACAGCCGCCUGAUCUGCGUCUACCAGAACCGACGGUGGGACUCUGACUUUCUGCUCGUCAAGAAGCUCGUCAAGGAGGGCACGCUCGGGCGCAUCGUCGAGUUCAACUCCCACUUUGACCGCUACCGCGCCGACGCGCCCACCAACUGGAAGGGCCAGAUCGGCAUCCCCCAGGGUGGUAGUGCGCUCUUCGACUUGGGCACCCACCUCAUCGACCAGGCCUACACCCUCUUCGGUCUUCCCCAGUCCGUCCACGGCCGUCUGCUCAACCAGCGCGAGGGCAAGGCCGACUUGUUCAACCCAGACGCUGUGUCGGCCGAGCUCACGUAUCCCGACGGCCUGAUUGUCAACGUCCGCAUCAGCGCACUGAGCGCCGAGACCAUACAGCCCCGCUUCUGGGUGCGGGGCUUCAAGGGCUCCUUCAGGAAGAACACGUUGGAUCGCCAGGAGGACCAGCUCAAGGCGGGCAUGAAGCCCACGGAGGCUGGGUUCGGCCAGGACGACAAUAAGACCAACGCGCGGCUGACGCUUGUGGGCGAGGACGCCAAGACGAUGAAGCAAGUCGACGUGCCCGAGCUGGCGCCGGAGACGUACAUGGCCUUUUACAGAGCACUCGGUGACGCCUUGGUGAGCGGGAAAGAGGAGGACAUUCCCGUCAAGGCAACCCAGGCACGGGACGUGCUGAGAAUCUUGGAGGGCGUCGUGGAGAGUGCAAAGACGGGGAAGGAUGCCGUUCUGCAAAAAUAG